AUGUCGAAAUCACAGCACAACGCGAUUCCCGGUUUCACACUUAUCGCCCCCACCAUCUGGGAACAGCAGCCCGCAGGCCGCGUGCUGAGCUUCUCCGUUCAUAGGGUCUUGAGCGAAGAACCACCAUCACUGAUCAUCAUUCUCCCUUGGACUGGAGCACACAGUCGCCAUGUCGUAAAAUACACCGAAGCAUACGGAGCACUGUUUCCCUCAGCUCCCAUACUCUGCAUCACCACAUCGACGAAAGACAUCUGCCUUCGGUCAUCGAAGAGAAAGCAACAACGACUACAACCCGCUGUCGAACGCAUCUUAGACCAUGUCAAGUACAAUGACGGCCGCGCAAACAUACUCCUUCAUGCCUUCUCAGAAGGCGGAUCGAACAAAGCAGUCGAGCUUGCAGAGGCAUAUUGCGACACUACAGGUAUGAAACUACCAUGCUCGGCGCUGUGCCUCGAUAGCACGCCGGGUCACCCUCGGUACCUACGCCUUUGCAACGCACUCAAGAAGUCGCUCCCACCUAUUCCAAUAUUGAACUGCACUGGCCUAUUGGUUGGGAGUACAUUGUUAGGCGGCAUCUGGAUCCUCUACAAGUUCAUCAAAGGCUAUGAAAACAACGUAAUUUCAAGCACGCGCCGGCGACUGCAAGACUCCAAUCGUUGGGACGUGACUGCGCCCCGAUGCUAUUUCUACUCCAAAGGCGACGAACUCAUCGCUUGGAAGGAUAUCAGGGAACACCUGGGCGAAGCAGUGCGGUCUGGGGCGCCAGUCAUGGAUGUCUGCUUUCAAGACAGCGCACAUUGUAAGCAUGCUGCUCAGUAUCCAGAUAGGUACUGGGGUGCCGUGGCGUUGACGUGGAAGAGGACGUGCAUAAACAACGAGAAAAGGGAUACUAAGUUGCACUUAAAGAGUGGCUUUGAACGGACGAGGGGUAACUCUGGAACGACUGUGUCUGUUGUUAGGGCUAAGGACGUUCAACCUUAG